AUGGCCCGUUGUAUCGAAGGAAAACCAAAAAUGACAUGGAGAACAAGAAUUUGUUACGGGGUUGGCCAUAUUCUAAAUGACUUGUGUGCCUCAAUGUGGUUUACCUACUUGCUAGUCUACCUUCACAAGGUCGUAGAAUUCUCAAACGUGGCUGCAGGAACUUUGCUGUUGAUUGGACAAAUCGCCGAUGCCCUCGCCACGCCUUUCGUUGGAAUAGAAUCCGAUAAAACUGGGGACUGCAGAUAUGGCCGAAGAAAAAUCUGGCACCUUGUUGGAGUUUCGUGCGUGGCGUGUUCAUUUCCGUUCGUUUUCAAUCUGUGCAUUGGCUGCGAGAACUCAUCGACCUGGGCGCUAUUUAUUUACUAUGUUCCAUUUAUUGUGAUUUUCCAGUUUGGCUGGGCAUCUACGCAAAUUUCUCAUUUAAGCUUGAUUCCAGAACUUACUGAUAAAGAAAAUGAGAAAGUCACCCUAAAUGCUAUUAGGUAA